CUCAAUUGAGCAGCGGCAGAGUUACAUGGUGGCAAUUUGGCUUCACAGUCACAGUAAAUGAGUUCUUCGACUCAAUAGGAGUCAUGACCUCAAGUGGAUCCAGUCGCUCCCGGCAGGUGGGACACCUGGGCCCUGAAGGCUUAGAGACUGGCGCCAGACAUACACACUUCUGGAAAGAUGCAGUCCAGAAGGAGGUAGUGCAGCGAGCAUACCACAAGCCAGCGUUGAUUGCAGAAGUCGCAGCAGGAUGGGAGAAAAAUAACGACACGUCCCCGUUUGGGAAAGAGGCUGACCAUGGCCUGGUCUACUGCACCCUGCACGACCUGCACAGAGCGAAAGCCGGGUUUGUAAAAGGCCGCAGCGCUUCGGAGCUCCGGCUGCCACCAGUGCAGAGACGUAUUGCUCCAGUGCCCAUGGGUGGUCUUUGGCGCUGGCCCGGCGGCCCGCCUCUCCCUGCAGAUGUGGAAUCUGUGAUCACUGCAACGACAGCCAGCAUACCACCUUCAGCUUUUUCUGUGCUCACAACUUCCCACGCCUUGCCGAAAAGCUCAUUGACUCCAUUGCCUCCACAGGAAGAUGCCGACAAGCCCGAAGCAGGUGAGUUGCCAGAAAUGCAAAAGGAUCAACAAGCAACGGUGCGUCCUUGUCCGAAGGGGCUCUGAUCCCUGCCAAGCAGAGGUCGAAAGCCCGACCAAUGAAUAAUGCACAAAAAAUAUCACAUAUAUACACUUCCAUACAGCAAGUGGUGACG